CGCUGACAUUGCUCAACAAUAAUGGCACAUUCGAAAUUACCCCAAAUGUUGCAGAGCGACGAGCGAGCUUCCUUAUACGUGUGCGCGACAACACGAUGCUAGAUUACGAGAAGACCCACUCGCUGAUGUUUCAGAUUUUGGCCCAAGAGCUCGGCCCGGCCACAAACCUGUCAGCCAUCGUCAACGUAACGGUGUUCGUCACUGAUGUGAAUGACAAUCCGCCAAUGUUCGCGGAUUCCAUGUACAUGGCGGAAUUGCCAGAGAACAUGACUAUUGGCACGAGAGUGGUUCAAGUGCACGCCGACGAUGUGGACACAGGCGCCGGAGGACGCGUGAGAUACACGCAAAUCCUGGGCUAUCUCAACACGUCGCUAAAUCUAGAUGCGGAAUCAGGACUGAUCAUAGUGUCCACGGAGAAUCACGGCUUCGAUCGUGAAAUAAUGCCAGAAUAUCACUUCUACAUCGAGGCGCGAGAUGACGAUGGGACGGGAAACAGAGCACAAGUGCCAUUCGUGUUGAAGAUUCAGGACGUGAAUGAUGAGAUGCCAAUUUUCGAGAAGACUCUCUAUGAGUUCAUCUUAAGCAACGAUAUGAGAGGCUUCACCACGCCCGCCUUCGUUAAGGCGGUCGAUGCCGACGCCGAGCCACCAAAUAAUGUGGUGCGAUAUGAGAUUAUCAAUGGGAAUUACGAGAACAAGUUCAGACUCAACGAAGUGAAUGGCGAACUAAGUCUUCGAGCGCCUCUGCCAAAGAUUGGCAUCACUUCGGACAAUCUGGGCGAGUACGAGUUAACAGUGCGCGCCUUCGAUUUGGGCGUUCCCGUUCAGUGGUCAACAACAGUCAUCCGAGUCUAUCCGCCGGAGAGCAGGAAGAGGACGAUGGUCUUCGUCGUGCCAGGAAGCAAUCCGGACAUUCAAAAGACAGAGGAAACGCUCUCUGCCAUAACAGGUGGUCGAGUCACAAUCCACAACAUCCGACCUUACACGGGAAAUGAGAUGGGCUUGACACCAAUCAAUGGAGAUUCCAGCAAAGACAAGAGUGUUGUCACUGCCUUGGUUUUAUAUGACACCAACUCAAUUGUGGACAUUUCGAAAAUACAGAAGAGAUUGUCAGAAAGCAACAUAACAGCAGGGAUUAUAAGUUACGGAGACGCUGAAUAUACGAGCACCCAGAAGUCUGAGAAUCGUCUCCUCUUCUGGCUCCUUAUAUUUCUGGCCCUCCUGAUCGCUCUUCUCAUAUUGACCCUCAUGUUCUGCUUCAUUUGCUCCUGGUGUCCACUCUACGGCUUCUCAAAAAAAAGAGUAAUUAGGGUCAGUAGUACAGAAGACGAUGUUCAUCUAGUACAUAGAGAUAAGGGAAACACAAAAGAAACAAAAUCUGUGCAGGUGGCCGAGUGGAUGGGUAGAAGGGAAGCAUGGUCAGCAGAUAAGUCUUCAGAUUCCCGAACUAAACCAACGCGGUGGGAGUUCUCCCGUCGACACCACCCUCGUGAAAAACUAGAGAACGACACUCAAGUGCACAUGGAGCAAAUGCAAACUAGUCAGUCAAAUACACGACCAAAAUCCUAUGAGGAUCAUCAUACAGAGAAACUAACCCGGAUCAGAAACGAGCUUCGAUCGGCAAAGCAGAUGAGAGGCCAUCAGACUUCUCGAUCCAAUCUCAUAAGCAAGCGAGAAGAGUACAUGGAGGAAGGGAUGCAUGAGCAGGACUACGAAAGAAUGAGUGAUCGACACCAGAUUGACGAUGACUCGAUGAGGCGCCAUGAAAUGGACAGAGGAAGUGACAUUGCCUACAACAUGCGUCAUCAGAUGACGCGAGACGAGGAUCCGCGCGAGCAGUACUUCAUAAAAGACGGGAAUGCGGAGAUUCUGCGUCUCGUGACGCGAGGAAAGCCCAAUGCGGAGAAUAUUUACGUAAACUUGCCGCAGAGACAGAACGAGAACGCGCAACAGCCGCAGUACAUCGUGGUGGACAAUGGCGGCGGUGGCAAAGAGAUCCUCAUGAGGCGAUACAUUGAGGAGCAAGCGAAUGGAAAACAGAUCAUAAGGGAGCACUAUCAAGUAGUUCCGGAGCCGAACUUUGUGCAGUCGAUACCCAACGAGGUGAUGCAGCAGGCGCCACAGCAGAUGACUCACGUGCAGCAGCACGACGGCGGGAGUGUGACGAUGGAGAAGGACGAGCAGAUGCUGCACGCAACCUCGCACCAUUCCCUCAUUCAGCAAGAGUUGGAGAACUCGCUGAAGCAACAGAACGCUCUGUUGCGACAGAUUUUGCUGGAGAAGGAGAAACUGGAGGAGAGAUACAAUCAGCAAGAAGCAGUUCUCGAAACUCAGAGCUUGCCAUGCAACUCCAUGACAAUAGCCACUCAGACGAAUUGCAACACGGCAACACAGACGGAGCCUGAGUUCCACAAAGCCAAGCAAGAGCGAAGGCGCACCAGGAGUGAAAAUGACGACUCAAUGUCUGAUGAUGACUACGAAUACGUGAGAUAUAGUCCACCAGACUCUCCGCAAGGCGUCUACUGGAUGAAGAGGAAGAAGAAGAAGUCUAAGAGUCGCUCGGAGUUGGACAAUCGCCAUAGACGUGUGAUAAUGGUGAGUGCGGUGAAGAGGAAGAUCCGAACGCCCAUCCAGGAGGAGAACGAGGAGUCAAAGUCACCUCAGCAAACUGACGAGGGCAAGAGUCAGAAGCAGUACAAGAACAAAUCCAUAUUGGUGUCUCCACUCAACAAAUCUCUUCUGGUUGAGAUAUCAGAGUCGCUGGACGAGAAGAAGAUUGUUCCUAAAGUGCAGCAGCAAAUGAAGAAGUACAGUGGAAAGUCCUUGGCGAAGAAUGUGUCGGACAUGAAGUCAGAGCCCGACUCGUCGGAGAACGAAAUUGUCUUGCAUCACUAUUCAGCUGAGAGUCUGGAUGAGCGAUCGGAUGUUGAGGAAGUGGAAAUCAAGUGCUCCAGACGCAAGGAUCCGCGGACAAUUGUGUUCUCUCGACGAGAAUCAUUGUCCGAUGUUAAGGAUCUGGCUCUGAUCGAUGCUCUGGAGUCGGAAAUAGCGAGAAAAGCCAAGCGUCAAUUGGCUUCGCAGCAAAGUGGUGCAGAUACGAAUGAAGGCAAUGCAAGAUUGUCGCGUUCGGAUCACAGAAAGGGGAAGAGCGAAAGUCAGCAACGGAGACAGACUGCCUCUGAACCACCGCAAGGCAGAAGCAGCAAAGGACCUGCGCCAAAACCACCGGAUCAGAAGCGUAACCUGAAGAAAACCUCUUCAGAUGGCAGCAAAACGCAGAGUGAAACGGACAUGCUGAAGAAGAUCAAUGACGAGACGCUGGACAUUUCCAAGCCGGUGUCGAAGUACAUGGACUGGUAUUACAACAUGGAGAAGGACGACAGCGGAAGGGCGGACAAGGCUCGGGCGAAGGGCAGUACGAAGAAGCCCGUGACGAGUGUUGAGAGGGUGAAGAAGAAGGGCUCACCGAUCAGUGCGCGGUCAGAGAAGAUGCAGGACGGCAAGCAGGACCCGUCGCAGCGGAGAGACGCGCGCCUGCUGAAGGAGGACAUUCAGAAGGCGAAGAGCCUGCAGCAGAAGAGUCAGGAAGAUGCCCCACCCACCCAACUGGGACACUACUUGUAUCCUAAAACACCACCUCAAGCCAAUCAGAAAAGUCAAAAGAAAUCAUCAAAACACCCAUCCUCUCCCAUCCGCGAAAGCGAGGUGAAAGACACUAAGUACAAACCGUAUAACGUAGACGAGUCGAAGCAAUUGAACGUGGCAACUCUGGAAGACGAUCACGAUUCCGGAAUUGCCAUGAACUCAUUCCUCAACAGUAUGGGACGCAAGCAUCCCAUCACUGACAAGAAGAGUGUGUUCACAAUUGCGUACGACGAGGUGAAAGUAAGUAAGCUCCGAUCAGAGAGUGAAUCAUCACCAGUUUCAUAGUCCUUCUAUCCUAUGUUCUAUACAAUCUUUACACCUUUCUUUUGUGUCAUUAUUGCGAAGAUAAGGAAGAGAAUAGAGGCGAAAAGCUCAGUUGUAGUCUUCCCAUUUUGUGAGAUAAAAAUGAAACGAAGUUUUGUAAUGCCAUGAGUUGUUCAGAGAAACGAAAUUAUGAGAUUUGUAUUGCACACGGUUAGUUACCAUCUGUUUUUUGAACUUUGAAUUUGCGCAUUGAAUUUAUACGUUCUCGUUGACACGAUUUUUCCUUAAGAAGCAUUGUAUAUUUAAUUACUAAGUAAUCAUACUUGCAGGAGGCAAAACACACUUAAAGUUUAUGUAAAUUGUGAAUUUUAUAUUUUAUAUUAUGUGUUGAUAAACUCGAAAAAUACCAGACUGCCACUUAUUGAAGAGUAAAUUAUACAGAAGUGCAAUUACACUUAAAAUUUAGCAAUAAAUGGUAAUAU